UUUACUCUACGCGGUGGAAAAGUGGACCAUUCUGAAGAGUGGGCCUAAGAAAAGUGUAAACCGAACCACACACAAACACACACCUUGUCGCUGUCGAUCGACGGUACGACGUUCAAAAUCAGCCCCAACGGAAGUGCUGCUGCUCAUCGUUCUGAGAAAAAGAAUGCACUAGUGCAGCUAGAUUCACCCGUCCCGAGCAAUUCUAGUAUGAUGGUGGCGGAUUUCGUAACGCGACAGCAAAACGGUUCGCCGCUGAACGGGGAAAUACCCGGCCAGAACCACAACUCUAACUCCAACAUGCCUGCCCACAGUGCCUUACUGAUGAGCAACAACAGCAGCAACAGCAACAGCUCGGGCCGCGCCAGCCCGCACACGUCGUCGGAGUCGGAGUUCCCGCAGAACGGCUACGAGCUGGCGGCGCACCUGAAGCGCAAGGAGCUGUUCUCGCAGCGCAAGCAGCGCGAGUUCAUCCCGGACAACAAGAAGGACGACAGCUACUGGGACCGGCGGCGGCGCAACAACGAGGCGGCGAAGCGGUCGCGCGAGAAGCGCCGCUUCAACGACAUGGUGCUCGAGCAGCGCGUCGUCGAGCUGACGAAGGAGAACCACGUGCUGAAGGCGCAGCUGGACGCGAUCAAGAGCAAGUACAACAUCUGCGGCGAGAACCUGGUCAGCGUCGACCAGAUCAUGGCCACGCUGCCGACCAACGAGCAGGUGCUCAGCUCGACCAAGCGCGUCAAGCUGGCCAACGGCAGUGCGGCGGCCGGUUCCGGCGGUCGGACCACGUCCCCGAGCGGAUCCACGAUCGGGUACCCGCACUCGCGCAGUCCCUCCCGCCAGUCACCGUCGCGCUCGAACGGUCGCGCUUCGUCCCCGCACAGUCCGCCACAGGUGGCCACCAGUUCCACCCCGGCCGGCAGCCUCGGUUCGCACCUCCAGCAGUCGCUGCUAGCGGUGGUGCAGGCAAACGGGGCGGGUUCCGGUGCGGGAAGCGCUCCGUCCUCGCAACAGGCUCCGGUUAUCCACGCGAACCCGAACGUAGAGUCACCACCACCGGCCGCGACCGCCAGCGCCCUCAUCCAGCACGGUGCGAUCCAGCACACGAACGGCACGGCAGGCUCGGGAGCGAACGCUCCGGGCACAACAACUUACCUUUCGCCAAUGCACAUCUACCGCAAUGGCACGAUCAUCGAGUACGAGCGAGUGCUGGGCGAGAAGGGGUCCCUCCAUGCCGAGCAGGGUAGCGGCCGUAGUCCGAUCCGGCAUGAGCUGAACGAACGCAACGGAGACGACAACCAUCACCUGCAGCAGCUGCAACAGCAUCAGCAGCAGCAGCAGCAUCAUCAUCAGCAUCAGCAGCAACAGCAGCAGCAUCAUCACUACAGCCAUCAUCCGCGGGAGGUUAUCCGGGAGUCCGUGAUCGACCACCAUGCGCACCACCCUCAGCAUCAUCAGCAUCUUCAGCAGCAGCAGCAACAGCAACAGCAGCAACACCAUCCUUACCAUCACCAUCGAGUGUUGGUUUCGGCGAACGGUGAUGAGCUCGACCGUGACGAGCGUUCGCCAUCGCCGGGUCCGCAGCACGCAAUGGUGGCCUCGUCGGCGGCUCCACGCUUCGGCUCCCCUACCACCACCACCAGCCCCAGCACGGUUUCGGCCGUCUCCUCGCCCGGCACUCCACCCUCGUCCGGGCUGGGAACGAGCAUCUCCAGCACGAGCCCGUCGCGGUCGCCUCCGGCGCAUCCUUUGGCGGCCCACUCGCACCCGCACCACUACUCUCCGCACCAUCACCCGCAUCACCACCACCCACACGCCCACCCGCUGCAUCACCUUGCGCCCCAUCCGCACUUCGUCGUCGGCGCGAGCUCCCCCUACGCGCCGAGCUCCUCGACGGCGCUCCCAGCCGCGGCCGGUGCCCAGCUUCCGUACCCACUCACGACGGCAGCGGCAGCCGUGGCGGCCUACGCAAGCAGCACGGCGGGUGGUGCGGCUGGACUGUACUCCGUGUCACCGCCACGCUCCACAACCGAGCUGGCCAGCGCUUUGUUGACGGCGAACGUGCUCAACCUGAGCCGCCGGGCACCAUCCCCGAUGUAUGAUGGGCCGGCCAGCAGCAGCGCGAGUACCAGCGCCGCCAGCCCGCCGCAAGCACCGUCGGUGGCGAGCACCGGCAGCACAUCGGGUGGCGAGGACGAGCCGGACGUGCGCGAUCAUCGCGAUCUGCACGAGCACGUCAACGGCAACAGCAGCCUGCUGCCGGUGAAGCUGCGCCACAAGACGCACCUGGGCGACAAGGACGCGGCGACGGCCCUGCUGGCGCUGCAGAACAUCAAGCAGGAACCGGUGGCGCUCCGGUCGAGCUCGCCCGCCUGGGACGACGGUGACGGUGGGUCGUCCGACGAGCGCGACUCCGGCAUCUCCACCAACGAGUGGCCGACCAAGGCCGAGCAGAAGAUGAUGGUGCCCCUGCCGACGUCACCGCCGGCCGCCGGCAAUGGCCCCCCCGGCAAGAUCACCUCCAUCCCGGCGUCGGUCGUCAUCAGCAAGAAGGCGGAGGAAAACAUCCACCUGCAGUCGAAGCUGGCCCGGCUCGAGUCGGAGGUGGCCACGAUCAAGAACAUGAUCUCGAACACCGCCGGCAGCGGGUUCGGCGUGACCGCGGCCGCCCAGUAGUGUGGCCCGGCUCUCGGCCUCGGUUCCUAGUUCCUGAUAGCUGAAGCACACGAAGCAGGGAAACGAAUCGAUGCAGGCAUCCAUAGUAGGCCGUACACGAGCACAGGCGGCAAGCAUUCCUUAACUCAAGUCUCCCUCAAGGGAAAGGGGUCCCCCCCCGCGGGCUAUAGCGUCCCCCCAUUUAUGUUAGUGGGUUAGUCGAUCCGGGUGGAAUUUCUCGAUCUCACGAUCUCGCAAGACGGCACGGGCACGGUGUAUUUUUUUCUUGUUCGCACGCGCACGCAAGGCGAUGGCAUGGAAGAGAAGGCGAGCGUAUCGGGCCUUGGGAGAAAGUUGCGACAACAUUUUAUGUGUGUUGUUCACUCUUUUUUCUUUCCUUCUUUCUUCGCGCCCUGCGGGAGAAAGGCGUAUCGUUCGGGGCAGUUCCUCCACACGUGUGUGUGUGUGUGUUUGUUCGAAGAGAAAGCCCGCCGUUGAAACGCUUCGCCACUUAUUUCUUGCCGUCUUUUGAUCUUUCCCUCGCUUCGUGUGCUUUCUUUACCUUCCCAGGUGUGUGAGCCGUCCAAACGAUGGUGUGUAGAUGGCUUUGAGCUUGCGUCAAGUGAAAUGGUUUCGGCUUGUUUCUUCCAACCAAGCGCAGUCCUUUUUUUUAUUAUCUUACUUUCUCGGCUAGCAAGUGAAUCACUUGUGGCCAGAAGAAAGCGCCCGGAGAAAGAGAUGCAAAUGUUUUAUGAAGAGGCAGAGGGAAGAAAGGAGGGUGGUAAAGGAACACGAUCACUGGAUGAUCUGCAGAUGAACGUUUACCCCUUUUUUCUCUUUCUUGCUAAACUAGCUGUUAGGCACGCAUAAUAUGUGUUUGUAGAAAAACCAAUCAAAAUCGCUGGAAGCUUAUUACGGUGAAGGGAAGGGUAAAUAUAUUCCCUUUGCAUUUUUCACCGAAUAACUAUCGGCACCACGCGCCGCAGCGAAGCGAUGCCGGUCCCGCGUGACGGCAGAAUAUGCAUAGGUGGUAAGUUUCUUUUUUUUUUAAAUACAAAAACAAAGGUGUUAAACACUGAAGCAGAACUGUAAAUGUGAAAACCGAACUACAUCAAAACAUAUUUAUACAUCGAUCAGAAUAGGUAUUAGAGGAGCAGAAGUCGAAGAAGAAUAAGAAGACGGAAAGGCUACAAAACAAUGCUAGCAAAAUUGCAGAAUUCGUUUUUUCUUCGUAUAUUAUAAACUCUAAACGA